AUGGAAAGAAACUUUAAAAGAUUUAAUGUUAGAAGAGAGAAAAUAACAAAAAGAUAUGAGAAUGAAAGAGGAAUGCCAUUUAGUAAAGAACAAAUGACAUAUCUAACUAAUGAUAAAUGUAGUUUAUUAUCAAUGAAAGAUACUCAAAUAGAAAUGGCAGGAGGGAUUAAUAAAGUACAAGCUAAAGAAGAAGAUUUAUAUGAAAUGAAUGGUGGAACAACAAUAGCAAUUAUUGUUGAUAACAAACUAAUAAUAGCAGCAGAUACAAGACACUCAGGUGAUUACAACAUUAAUUCAAGAUAUUCUUCAAAGAUUCAUAAAAUUAAAGAUUUUUAUUUCACGUGUGUUGGAUUUCAAGCAGAUGGAGAAGAAGUUUAUAAAAAAUUACUUUACAAUGUUAAGAAACAUGAACAGUAUGGUGAGAUAAAUAUUAAAUCAACAGCUAAAUUAUUGUCAAACAUUCUUUACUCACGUAGAUUCUUUCCUUAUUAUUCAUAUUGUGUAUUGGCUGGUUAUUUGAUUAAUGAUAAAGGAGAAAAAGAAGCUAAAAUAUACUCUUAUGAUGUGGUUGGUUCUUAUGGAAGUAGUAUGUGUCAGGUAGAAGGUAGUGGUGCACCAAUGAUUCAACCUUUAUUAGAUUCAUGGAUUGAUGGUAAAAACUUCUAUAACUUUUCUUCUAUCAGUUUUGAAAAUGCUAUUAAAUUGAUUAAAGCUGCUUUUAAUUCCGCUGCUGAAACUGACGUUAAAACUGGUGAUUAUUUAGAGUUAAUUAUUGAUGAUGGUUUAGAACAAACAAAAGAAUUACAUGAACUAAGAAAAGAUUAA